AUGUCCCUCCCAUCAUCCCUCCGUCUCCGUCUCCUCCGUCUCCCUGCUCCGCGUCUCCUUUGCCCUUCUACCUCGGCAUCCGUGCCGUCAAUUCGAUCAUACCACUCUAGGCAUCUGGGGUUGCAAUCAGCCCGUCGCUCCCUUACACGGACAACUCCAGUCGCGCAGACACUGUCAUCUACAUCGACAUUCUCCUCGACAUCGGCAUCGGCAUCGGCAUCUACCACACGAACUCUUGCAACCUCCUCGGGCAAAUCUCCCGCCGAUGAGAUCGUCGAGGAGUUACAGGAAUUAUACGAAAACGCCAAAGACGAAUUCGAAAUCGCCACCGACAGCACAGACGGUGGCACGAUCUACGCGGCCUCGGACCGCGAAAGUGCCCGCGACGCCCUAAACCAACUCCUCAUUGUCUUUGAGCUCUACACGCAAGACCACAGUCCGACGCAGACGGCCGUGAGGGCGCAGGUGCGGGCAGAGACGGAGGAAGGGAGACGGGAGGAAGGAGAAGGGGAGGAUGAUGGACAGGUUGUCGAGACGAAUUUCGAUCCCGCGGCCGUGGAGCCGGAGGUUCGGGAGGAGGUGAAGAAGAGGGUGGCGCAGAGGGUGAGGGAGUUGAGGAAUGCGGUUGAGUUGUUGGAGGAGAGGGCGAUGACGGAGUGA